UAUUUCCAUUUUCCGUCGACUUCGCAAACACAGAGCUCAGUUGAUGAACAGGGAAAAGCCCAAGAAGCCGCAGAGAAAAUUGCGAGAAAAAAAGGGAGACAACGAAGAACAAAUCAGGAAAUUUGUUUGCUAACUUUUUUUUUCCUCUCUUUUUCGAAUAAUUUUUUUUCUAAUACAGAAACAACAGACUCAGGUUUUCAGCAUAACUGCAAACUGGGUUUGUUUCUUCCUACUGAAAUCUCUCAAUUCAGCAAGCUUUUUUUUUUCUGCUCAUGGUGAUGAGAUUUCACCUCUCUCUUUUCUUUUGAUUUUGAUUUCAAUUUUGAUGUCUUCUUCCUCGUCGGAGAAUCGUCCUUCCUCAGCUCCGGCGCCGCCGGGUACUGAAUUGAGAAUCGCUGUGUGGGAUUUGAGGGUUUUGUGAAAGGGGAAGAAUAAGGGAGUUUACUUAGUGGAGAAACGCAUCGUUCGGAAAAAUGGUUUCUAGUAAUCGAGCGACGCAUGCUCAUCAGCAACAAGCACAGUCCUCGAACAUUAAUACGAGCAAUUUGCGAUCUCAUCGUACAGAAUCCAUCAGCAAAGCCAUAGCACAGUACACCGCCGAUGCUCGCCUUCACGCAGUCUUCGAACAGUCAGGUGAGUCCGGUAAAUCUUUUGACUACUCACAGUCUUUAAGAACUUCUACGCAAUCUGUACCCGAGCAGCAAAUUACUGCUUACUUAUCGAAGAUUCAAAGGGGCGGCCAUAUCCAGCCCUUUGGCUGUAUGAUAGCUAUCGAUGAGGCCACUUUUCGGGUUAUUGCAUACAGCGAGAACGCUCGCGAAUUGCUUGGUCUUACGCCUCAAUCAGUGCCGAGCCUUGAAAAACCUGAGAUCCUCACAAUUGGGACUGAUGUACGGAACUUGUUCGCUUCCUCCAGCGCAAUUCUGCUCGAGAAGGCAUUUGGGGCUCGAGAAAUUACUUUGUUGAAUCCGGUUUGGAUUCAUUCCAAGAAUUCUGGGAAGCCCUUUUAUGCUAUUUUGCAUAGGAUUGAUGUGGGAAUCGUGAUUGAUUUGGAGCCUGCAAGAACGGAGGAUCCUGCCCUUUCUAUUGCUGGGGCAGUCCAAUCGCAGAAGCUAGCAGUACGUGCAAUUUCUCAGUUACAAUCACUCCCUGGUGGAGAUAUUAAACUGUUGUGUGAUACUGUGGUUGAGAGUGUGAGGGAGCUUACUGCAUAUGAUAGAGUUAUGGUGUAUAAAUUCCAUGAGGAUGAGCACGGUGAGGUUGUGGCUGAAAGCAAGAGGCCUGACUUAGAACCAUACAUUGGAUUGCAUUAUCCCUCCACUGAUAUUCCUCAGGCAUCAAGGUUUUUGUUUAAGCAGAACCGAGUUCGGAUGAUUGUUGACUGCCAUGCAUCUCCAGUUCUUGUGAUUCAGGAUGCAGGGCUUAUGCAACCUCUAUGCUUAGUGGGGUCAACUCUUCGUGCCCCCCAUGGCUGUCAUGCCCAGUAUAUGGCCAAUAUGGGCUCCAUCGCUUCGUUAGCAAUGGCAGUUGUUAUCAAUGGUAAUGAUGAUGAAGCUAUGGGUGUGAGAAACUCAACGAGGCUUUGGGGUUUGGUUGUCUGUCAUCAUACUUCUGCUCGGUGUAUUCCAUUCCCACUUCGGUAUGCCUGUGAAUUUCUAAUGCAAGCCUUUGGACUUCAACUUAAUAUGGAAUUGCAGUUGGCUUCACAGAUGUCUGAGAAACAUGUUUUAAGGACCCAAACUCUCUUGUGUGACAUGCUUCUUCGUGAUUCUCCUACUGGCAUUAUUACGCAAAGUCCGAGCAUCAUGGACCUCGUAAAAUGUGAUGGGGCAGCUCUUUACUAUCAAGGGAAAUAUUACCCACUGGGUGUGACACCGACUGAAGCCCAAAUAAAGGAUAUUGUGGAAUGGUUGUUGGCUUUCCAUGGAGAUUCGACUGGUUUAAGUACGGAUAGCUUGGCUGAUGCUGGAUAUCCUGGGGCAGCCUUGCUUGGUGAUGCAGUUUGUGGAAUGGCUGUUGCUUAUAUCACAAAAAGGGACUUUUUGUUUUGGUUCCGAUCCCACACAGCCAAAGAGGUCAAGUGGGGUGGUGCAAAGCAUCACCCAGAGGAUAAGGAUGAUGGCCAAAGAAUGCAUCCACGUUCUUCAUUCAAGGCAUUCCUGGAAGUGGUAAAAUCCCGUAGUUUACCAUGGGAGAAUGCGGAAAUGGAUGCAAUUCACUCAUUGCAGCUUAUUCUGCGAGAUUCAUUUAAGGAUGAUGUUGCACUCAAUUCUAAGGCAGUUGUGCAUCCUCAAUUGGGUGAUCUUGACUUGCAAGGGAUCGAUGAGCUCAGCUCAGUUGCAAGAGAAAUGGUCAGGUUGAUUGAGACUGCGACUGCUCCUAUCUUUGCUGUAGAUGCUGAUGGUCGUAUCAAUGGAUGGAAUGCUAAGAUUGCUGAGUUGACUGGGAUUGCCGUUGAGGAAGCUAUGGGGAAAUCCCUGGCUCGUGAUCUCGUGUAUAAAGAAUCUGAAGAAACAGUUGACAAACUUGUUUCCCGGGCUUUAAAAGGUGAAGAAGAUAAAAAUCUAGAGAUAAAAUUGAGGACAUUUGGACCAGAGGAUCAAAAGACGCCCGUUUUUGUGGUUGUCAAUGCUUGCUCUAGCAGGGACUACACUGAUAAUAUAAUAGGCGUCUGUUUUGUUGGUCAAGAUGUUACCUGCCAAAAAGUGUUCAUGGACAAGUUUAUUAGCAUACAAGGUGAUUACAAGGCUAUUAUUCAUAGUCCCAGUCCUCUUAUUCCUCCAAUAUUUGCUUCAGACGACAAUACAUGUUGCUCAGAAUGGAAUACUGCCAUGGAAAAGCUCACUGGAUGGUCCAGAGAGGAUAUAAUUGGAAAAAUGCUAGUAGGAGAAGUUUUUGGAAGUUGUUGUCGACUUAAGGGUCCAGAUGCAUUGACAAAAUUUAUGAUUGUUUUGCACAGUGCAAUUGGAGGGCAGGACAAUGAAAAAUUCCCCUUUUCUUUUUAUGACAAAAAGGGGAAAUAUGUGCAAGCUCUCUUGACAGCAAAUAAGAGGAUGAAUAUGGAUGAUCAGAUUGUUGGAGCUUUCUGCUUCUUACAUAUAGCUAGUCCUGAAUUGCAGCAAACUCUUAGAAUGCAGAGGCAACAGGAGAAGAACCGUUUUGCCAGGAUGAAAGAGCUGACUUACAUUUGCCAGGAAGUGAAGAGUCCUUUGAGUGGUAUACGCUUUACUAACUCACUUUUGGAGGCUACAGAUUUAAGCGAUGAUCAAAAGCAGUUUCUCGAGACCAGUGUUGCUUGUGAAAAGCAGAUGUUAAAGAUUAUAGAAGAUAUGGAUUUGGAAAGUAUUGAUGAUGGUACAAUGGAGCUUGAGAAGACAGAGUUCUUAUUGGGAAGUGUUAUUAAUGCUGUUGUUAGCCAAGCAAUGAUAUUACUCAGAGAAAGAAACUUACAACUGAUUCGUGACAUACCAGAAGAAGUAAAGACUAUGGCCGUUAUUGGCGAUCAAGUGAGGAUUCAACAAGUUUUGGCUGAUUACUUGUUGAAUAUGGUGCGAUACGCACCAGCUCCCGAGGGCUGGGUAGAAAUACGCGUCUGUCCAAUCCUAAAGCAAAACUCAGAGGGAAUAACUCUCGCACGCACUGAAUUCAGGCAUAUCUCAAGGGAAGGGUGUUCCAAGCAAACAGUCAAAAAGGAGAGGCUUCAACUGCAUGCAUUAAUGAAAAGAAAAAAGAUGGGGAAGCUUGGAAACAGAUCAGUUGGAGCGUUUGCUCUUAUUCUUGCAUUGUUGGUUGUGGGAUUGGCGGAAAGCAGGAAACUAGAGAAGGAAACGCUUGGUGGCGGCGGCGGUGCCGGUGGUGGGUUUGGUGGAGGUGCUGGUGGUGGUUUUGGAGGUGGAAAAGGUGGUGGGAUAGGAGGUGGAGUCGGCGGCGGAGGUGGCGCCGGAGGUGGAUUUGGAGGCGGCCAUGGUGGCGGAGCCGGAGGUGGAUUUGGAGGUGGUAAAGGAGGAGGUUUCGGUGGUGGUUCAGGAGGUGGAGCCGGCGGUGGUUUUGGUGGUGGUGCAGGAGGUGGAGCUGGUGGUGGAUUUGGAGGAGGCCAUGGUGGAGGUGCCGGAGGUGGAUUUGGAGGUGGUAAAGGAGGUGGUUUUGGCGGUGGUUCAGGAGGUGGAGCCGGUGGUGGAUUCGGAGGAGGCCACGGCGGAGGUGCCGGAGGUGGAUUUGGAGGUGGWAAGGGAGGUGGUUUUGGCGGUGGUUCAGGAGGUGGAGCCGGUGGUGGAUUCGGUGGAGGCCACGGCGGAGGUGCCGGAGGUGGAUUUGGAGGUGGGAAGGGAGGUGGUUUUGGCGGUGGUUCAGGAGGUGGAGCCGGUGGUGGUUUUGGCGGUGGUGCAGGAGGUGGAGCUGGUGGUGGAUUUGGAGGUGGCCAUGGGGGUGGUGCCGGAGGUGGAUUCGGCGGUGGAGCAGGAGGAGGCUUUGGUGGAGGAAUUGGCGGCAGAGUCUAA